AUGCUGAACCACCGUAGCCUCCGCGAGUCGUUUGUCACUUUCUCUAAGCGAUUGGACAAUGGCGUUUCGACCUUUGCCUUCUUCAUCAACUCGGCACGGUGGAAUGCUGUGCAACGCAUUGGCUGGUGUCAGUACAGCGUGAUUGACAGGCAUAUUGGUUGGACCCUGUACUUUCUUUUGCCCUUUCCCAAGUCCUGUGUUCUUAGUUUCUCGGGCAAAUCACGGAUGCCGAUGUUCCAUGAGUCUCGUCUCCAGUUUUCCUUUUCCAUCCAGCUAAUCAACUUGUGUAGCCUCAACCACUCCACGGAAAGCAUUCCGCUUCCUUGGCUGACCCAAAAUAUGCCAACCCUACUGCCACGGGUUCGAGGCACUGUUGGCCAGUCACCUUAUCUCCUCAUGCUGCAACAUACCUUCCCGGGCAUCAUGUCCGGUCAUACCCUGCCGCCAUCUUAUUCAGCUGAUCAGCUUCCCGCUCAACGGCUCGCCUACUUCUCCCUGAUAACGAACUGGCGUGAAGUCUAUGCGGCACCUAGACCCGCCAUCGCAUGUCGAAUCAAUCAUCUGGGCUACGGAAAGGCGCUAGAACCGGCCAAAGCAUGCCCCAUCGGAGAUCCUCUGACGGGACCAUAUACCCGGGCAUACAUCUCGCAAUCAAUAAUCAGCUCCCCAACACCCUCCGCGUCGUUUCGCCAGCCUGUUGCUGCGGACUGGACUGGGUAUGCCUGCACACCACUUGAUAAAAUGCGUCACAAGAUGGCAAGAUCAGACGUUCGUCAGAGCGUUUCUGAAUGGCACAACACGGCUGUGGACUUGCAAGCUGAUGCUCCAGUUCGUCACGCCGCCCAAGUCUGCCUCACGCUGGGAAAAGGCAACAAAGAUUGUCCCGAGCCAAUGCCCCUUCACCAAUAG